UUCUAAAUUUUUGAAUAAUUAAACGCAAGACUUGUUCGUCUAUAGCCGUAACCUUGUUAUACUAAUGCUCUUGUUGAUUAUUGUAUGUUAUCAUCUUAAUUAUUGCAGCUGUGUCUUUGCACAUUACAACUCCUACUGGUUCAUCCACUAAUGAACAGUAUGGCGUCUCCAUCAACUCAAUUUGCCACGGCGAGGAGGAUGGGAAUUUAUGAUACACUUCACCAGAUUAGUAUGUGGGAGGACGUGUUGGGAGGCGGUGUUAGUCCAGAAACAUGUACAUCUCCGAAUAUGAAAGAAGAUGCAAGGCUGAUUAACAAGACCGAGUAUACCUCUCAGGAAUCUCUAGGCCCUUCGUCAGAUAAUCAAGCAGCAAAAAUAUUAUCUGAAAAGUUGCAAAGGCGGCUAGCACAAAAUCGUGAAGCUGCACGUAAAAGUCGUUUAAGAAAGAAGGCUUAUGUUCAACAAUUAGAAACAAGCCGUCUAAAAUUGGCCCAACUGGAGCAGGAUCUUGAUCGAACUAGGCAGCAGGGUGUGUACACUGGGGGUGCACUUAAUAUGGGCAAUGCUGGAUUUUCGAGUACAAUGAAUUCAGAUGCAGGACUGAUCACAUUUGGUAUGGAAUAUGAGCUCUGGCUAGAAGAACAAGAAAAGAUGAACUGUGAACUUAAAAAUAUGUUGCAAGCCCACAUAAGUGAUGCACAGCUUCGCAUGUUUGUUGAGAGUGGCUUAAACCAUUAUGCUGAUCUUUUCCGAAUGAAAGCAGAUGCUGCAAGGUGUAAUGUCUUUUAUCUAAUGUCCGGCAUGUGGAGAACAACAGUGGAGCGGAUCUUCCUCUGGAUCGGAGGAUUUCGCCCAUCUGAGAUUCUUAAAAUUAUCAGGCCCCAACUCGAGCCACUGACUGAGCAACAGCUUGCAAGUGUUAGUAGUCUGCGCCACUCAUGUCAGCAAGCAGAAGAUGCUCUCUCGCAAGGAAUGGAAAAACUUCAGCAGACUCUGACCCAAUGUGUUACUGAUAGUUCUUCAGGUUUAUCAAACUACAACUGUCAGAUGGUUACCGCCAUGGAGAGGUUGGACUCAUUAGAGAGCUUCAUGAUACAGGCAGAUCAUCUUCGCCAGCAAACUCUGCAGCAAAUGUUCCACAUCUUAACUGUUCGCCAAGCAGCUCGAGGACUGGUUGCUUUUGGGGAAUACUUUCAGCGUCUUCGUGCUAUAAGUUCACUUUGGGAUGCUCGAUCUCAUCAACAUACUUAGUUUCAAACCACCAAUAAUCAUUUGCCUGGCAUGUAUUACUCCUAAGCUAAAAAUCACUUCUCUUUAUUGGAUUUCUAUCAGUUCUCUUGGAAUUUUUAGCAUAAUCAGCUCUCAAAUUUGAAAAUUGUAAAUAUGUGGAGCUGUAAACUGUGCAUUAAUACGAGUCUAGGAGAAUGAGUCAAGUUGUUAUUGAAGGUAGAUGUAUGAUCUGAUAGAUGCAGAUUCAAUUGUUAGAACAGAAAUGCAGUCUGGUAUAUUGAUACCGUCCUGUCCCAUUUGCAAA